GUACAUGUAAUUGACUUGUUGUUAAGAACAUGGAAUGUUAUCUUGAAUAAGUAAGAUUUUUUUAUAUCUUUUUUUUUUUAUUUCUCAUGUCUCAUCCAUAAUGACUUUUCCUAUCACUAACUACAGAGCACAAUUUUCAGUCACUGUACGCAAGCACACAUUCUAGUAAAUUACAAAUAUUUAUUUGCAUAUCUGUAAAGGAUGAAAUGAAAUGGCUAUAUAAAAUGGUCCCCAAUAUAUUUACAAAACUGAAAGGUGGAGAUAACGAACAGUGAUAAAUUUUCUUGUUUCAUGUUAAAAUUUACAUGAUUCAACUAAUUAAAGCUAUAUGUGCCGUAAUGAACAAUAUUUUCUCGAUGUGGAAAACCAGACUCAAGUUUUGUCAGUAUGUUAAACUAUAGAAAUAACAAACUUCUGACAAAUUAGACAAAAAAUUAAUCCGUAUUAACGAAGUAUUAGCCUUUUUAAUCUACGCGAAAAAGGACGGUUUUCUUAAACAUAUUUAUGAAGGAGUGACGUUCAUGGUGGAUAUGCGCAUGUGCGCGGGAAAAGCGUUACGAGAAGCAGCAUUGUGAGCAUGGAUGACAAGGUAACAUAACAAAUUGUUUACGAUGUGUUGUCACAUUAUAAGACUGGUUUCACAUUACAAAGAAAUAAACAAAGGUCGUCAAAAGAUUUUGACAUAUCUUGAAUGUAAAUUAUUUAAGAACGUAAGUAAAUAAUGAUGCAUUCAGUUAUUUGUUUGAUGUACUUCGAGUGAGGGGCCCUCCAAGGGGAAGAUAUAAUAUUACCGUUAGACUGAGCAAAAUUUAUUGGAAACGUAUAUCUGGAUAACUUUUUACUUUGGAACAAAUAUGUUCCGGUGUAGUGAUUAUUAUAAAUAAGGCUAUUAGUAAUUUUGAUACAUGUAUUUUAAUGUUUGGUACGAUGAUCUGUACGCCAUAGGACAACGGCGAACUUCUACUCUAGACUUCAAGCAAGUCAAUAAUCCCCCCCCCCCCCCCCCCCCAAAAAAAUUAUGUUGCAGCGUGUCAACCUAGUGAUGUAAAGGGUUAGGAAUUAUAUUGCAAUAUUUUGACUUGGUUUAACCACAUUUUAAUUGAAGAACAUUUAAUUUAGAUAAGUAGUAGAGAAGGAAGACGUACAGGGUUACGACCAAAAAGGCAGCGGGUCUGGGAGAGCGAUUCCAGUACUACCUCCUCAAGCCCAGUACGAGGAGCAACAUCAAAAAGGGGACGAGGGAAAGCAGCAGCUAGAGGGCGUGGCCGCGGGAGAGGUGGAAAACAAAGAGGAGACCACAGAGGAGAAGUAGCUGCUGCUGCAUUAACAGAAAGAGAGGAAAGUCUUCAGGAGAGAAUCGAAGAAAUGAGCAAUGACGAGCGAAAGGAACUUCUGCUGAAGACUGGAGAAAAACAUCCCAGUCUCCUUAUGAACUUGAUAGAUAAGGGCUCCCCCCAAGGAGGGUUUCAUCCAGGACCAAGUGGGGAGCAACCAAACUGGUGCUCUUGUCUUAAGUGUAGAGAUAUGCCCACACAGACGGAGAGGGUAUGUUGUGGGAGACAACCAAAUCAGUGCCUCUCAGAAGUACCUGAUUUCAGAUUACUUGUAUUGGACGAAUUGGUACUUCACGUCGCUCAGAUGUAUCGACAAGAUGUUUUGGCUUUGCCAAAUGACGCAGAUUAUAACAAAGGCAAGAGGCAUGCUGCUUACAGACAAUUUAUAUUGUGGCAGCAUGGAAGACUUGGGAUUGGUGUCCGCAUGGUAAUUCCUAGCUGUUGUGUAUGGACUAUAAGGGACAAAUUUCCAGACCAGUAUGGACAAUAUGUAGGAUUUAUUCCUUCUCGUUUAGGGUGAUUUUAUUUGCACCGUGUAAAGAACUUCAACUUAGAAUCAAUAAAUUUGAAA